UUCGCGAAACUCCUCGGCGCCGACGAGGUCGACAUGGACGCGCUGCGGUCCCUGGCGUGGAACGGCGUGCCCGGGCCGCGGCGGAGCGACGUCUGGCGGUUUCUGCUCGGCGUGCUGGCGCCGUCGGCCGGCGACCGCGCGGCGCGGCUCGAGGACGCGCGCGCGGCCUACCGGGCCGCCGUCGUCGCGGUGCUCGUGGACGUGCCCGCGUCGGAGCGGAGCGCCGAGGACCAGCAGACGCUGCGGCAGAUCCUCGUCGACGCGCCGCGGACGUGCCCCGGCGUGCCGCUCUUCUGCCACGACCGCGUGCAGGCGCUCAUCGUCAACGUGCUCUACGCCUGGGCCGUGGCCCACCCGCGGUCGGGCUACGUCCAGGGCAUGAACGACCUCCUGGCCGUGCUCCUCGUCGUGCUCGUGAACAACGACGUGCCCUGGGACGGGAGCGACGCGCAGCUGCUGGGCCGCGACGCGUCCGCGCUCUCCGACGCGGAGCUCGACGACGUCGCCGCCGACGCCUACGGCAUGCUGACGAGCCUGCUGGGCGGGCUCGAGGACCACUACACGCACCGGCAGCCGGGCCUCCAGAAGACGAUCGAGGACGUCGACGGGCUGCUGCGGCGCGUCGACGCGGACCUGCACAAGCACCUCGACGACGUCGGCGUGCUCCUGCUCCAGGUCACGUUCCGCUGGAUCAACUGCCUCCUCACGCGCGAGCUGCCCAUGAAGGCGCUCAUCCGCCUCUGGGACACGUGCCUCGCGGAGCCCGACGGGUUUUCCUCGUUCUUCCCCUACGUCUGCGCGGCGUUCCUCUGCCACUUCUCCGAGACCAUCCGCAACAUGGAGAGCGAGGACGUCCACCUCUUCCUCCAGACGCUGCCGACGGCGGACUGGGGCAACGACGAGAUCGAGACGCUCCUCUCCGAGGCCUACAUCCUCUCCACGCUCUUCCAGAACGCGCCCUCCCACCUCCAGCACGAGCCCGACGACAUCUCGCCCUUCGGCCCGACCUGGGAGGAGGCGGGCUGA